AUGUAUGUAUGUCCGUCAGAUCCGGAAGGCAGCAGUGCGUGGAAGGCCGUUUUGGUUUUUGUGUUUAUUGAAUUCAGCACACCCCUGACACCGAUUAAGGCUCUCGAAGCCACAGAAGUCGGAUCUGUCGUUUCCAUUGUGGGCGUGCUCUACGAUUUCAAGGAUGUUCAGACCAUUACGCUCAGGGUAUUGUCUAGCCACGACGGGGGUGUUUCCGUUUGCCUGACACUGUGGGGAUCUCGCGUCCAUUGCCUCACCCCCGAGCAGUUCGCGGCGAAGCCCAUCGUACUCAUCCGGAGUAAAGCCGCCAUAUUCCCUGAAGCAUGCGCAGUUUCAGUUCAAGAAGCUCGCGGGAAGGCGGAAGCAGAGCUAGCUGUGUGUGUAGCAGCAGCAGCAGCAAGCGUUCGCAGUUGUGAGUUGCACGGCUUUCCUCGUGCAGAUGCCAAGGUUGGCGAAUGGGGUGGCAAGAAGUUGGAGUGGCAGAGCAGCACGCGACUAGACACCGCUGUGGAUCUUCCCGAUGCCAAGCGCCUCGCCUUGUGGUGGUCUCAGGCAGGCAGCAACUGCGCCAGUUUCGCUGCUCUGGGCGGUGGCGUCGGGGGACCAGGCCGGAACGAACCCUUGAAGACUCUCGAGAAAAUCUCGCAGGAAGCCGCCCAGGCAGAUCCAGCGCAGCUUGCAGAAAAGGGUCUCUUCUUCUCGACUGUGGCCACUAUCGAGAGAGUGGCAGACGACAGAUUUUCAUGGCCGGCUUGCCCUGACUGCCGAAAGAAGAUGCAGCAGCCGCAAGACGGCGAUCCAUCAACUUUAUGGCUGUGCAGUAGCUGCAACAAGCAGAGCCCAGAGCCAGUGCAGACAUAUUUGCUGAAUUUGACGCUUGCCGACGCCACGGGUUCAUUACGGGCAUCCCUAAUAGGAGAAAGGGCGGAGGGGCUUAUGGCGCCUCUCAAGGCUGGACAGCUUGUGGCGAUGCAGUUGCAGCAAACGUUGGAUUCUGCAGGAAGGAGCUUUCAUGACGUGUUCACGGACGUGAAUCUGACGGAGUGCUUGCUCAAGCUUCGAGCGGCAUCCGAAACUUACCUCGAUGAGAGCCGCAUAAAGUUUCGUGUGAUAUCUCUAGAACCCUUGCAGCCACGGCUUAGGGAACUGACCACUGGCAACAUCUCCAUCGUGGAGCACAUGUUGCACGCGCUGAAGCUGGACUUUUGUUUGUGCGUGCCUUUGCAUUGGCGUGUACAUGCAUGCGUGUGCGAGGGUGGUGUAUGGGCUGGAGAGAAGAAACUCUCUGCAGGGCGUAGUCCAGAAUAA